AUGGGUCUGGAGAACGUUUUGUCGCAGCUUACCCUGGCCCGGGUGGCCGGGGGUCUGCUUGCCUAUGUCGUGCUGCAAUUCGUCUACCAGAUCAUCUACUACCGCUUCUUCCAUCCGCUCGCCAAGUUCCCCGGGCCUUUCUGGGGCAGCGUCACUCGCCUUUGGAUCGCAUGGCACAACCUGCGUGAAACGGAGCUGCAGACCUGCUCUGAGUUGACGAAGAAAUAUGGCCCCGUUGUCCGCAUUACCCCGACACUGCUGCUGGUCAGCGACCCGACAAAGCUGCCGGACAUCUACCACCGCCAGGCCGACAAGACCGGCCACUACAUCACGGGCUCCUUCGGGGAGACCGAGUCGCUGUUCAACAUGCGCUCGCACAAGACGCACUCCUCGUUUCGCAAGCACAUUGCCGGCCCGUACAGCUUCAGCAACGUGAAGAAGAUGGAGCCGUUGAUCGACCUCCGUUUGCAAGAGUGGCUGGACAAGCUGGACGAGAAGUUCGCCAGCACGGGGACAGUCUUUGACUUUGCCUGGUGGGCCGUCUACAUGGCCUACGACAUCAUCAGCGAAGUCGGCUUCGGCGCCCCCUUCGGUUUCGUCUCCCAAGCCCACGACGUCGGCGGCCUAAUCCAAGGCUUCCACGACGGGCUACCGGCCUUCGGUCUUCUCGCGCGCCUGCACCCCUUCACCAGCUGGGUGAAAACAACCUUCCUGAAAAAGUACCUCGUGGCGACCCCCUCCGACCCGUCGGGGGUGGGCGUGCUCAUGCGUUUCCGCGACACACUCAUCGACCAGCGCCUACGCGACCUGGCGGAGAAGAAGGACAUCGGACGGGUCGACCUGCUGCAGACCUUCCUUGAGGCGCGCACGGAGGACAAUCAACCGCUGGACAUGGAGUACAUCAAAGCGGAGGUGCUGCUCGUGCUGCUGGCGGGGGCCGACACGACGGGUACCGUCUUCCAGGCGCUGGUGCACAACCUCCUCACCCACAAGGCCGUGUACGCGCGCAUGAUGGCCGAGAUCGACGCCGCGGUCGCCCGGGGCGUUUUUGCGAACGGCCAAACCCCGCAAUACGCCGAUAUCCUCGACCACCUCCCUUACUACGUGGCCUGUGUCCGCGAGACAAUCCGGUUGAAUCCCCCCGCGCCGAAUAUCUUCCCGCGCUACGUGGCGGAGCCCGGGAUCGAGCUGUAUGGGAGGUUUGUGCCGGCCGGGACGGAGAUCUCGGGGAAUCCGUGGAUCAUGCACCGCGAUCAGAAGGUGUUUGGGGAGGAUGCGGAGGUGUUUAGGCCGGAACGGUGGUUGGAUGCGGAGAAGGCGAAGGUGUUGAAUAAGUAUAUCUUUACCUUUGGGUAUGGGGCCCGCGUGUGUUUGGGACGGGAUAUCGCGAUGAUGGAGUUGUUUAAGGGGCCUUUGCAGUUCUUCCGGUAUUAUACCCCCCAUGUCGUCAAGGACAAGCCGUCGGCCAAGUUUGUGAUCCAGGGUGGAGUGGGCCAUUGGGAGGACAUGUGGUUGACGAUUGAGAGGCGGGAGGCGGCGUGA